GAGAAAAGAGCGACAGAAGUCACUCAUGGCUUCUGUGUCUGCUCGGUGGAUCUCUACCAUUUCAACUCCUCAGUUCCGAUCCACAAGCCCAACCAGGCGGCGCUCCGCGGCCGCAAUCACCUGCAAAGCCAAGGACGCUGGCGGCGGGAGCACUGAGACGUUAGAGAUCGCGGUGGCAGCAGGUGCCCUCAUCGCCAACCCAGUGAUUGGAAUCUCCCUCUAUGUUCUGAAGACCACCGGCUGCGGGCUUCCUCCCGGGCCAGGGGGGGCGCUAGGUGCAUUGGAGGGGGUGAGCUACCUGGUGGUGGCGGGCAUAGUGAUCUGGUCGCUUUAUACAAAAGUUCAGACGAGUUCCGGAUUGCCCAGCGGGCCGUUCGGGCUGCUCGGAGCGGCGGAAGGGCUGUCGUAUCUCUCCGCAGUUGCAAUCAUAGUUGUGUUUGGUCUGCAGUUUUUGGAGAGGGGAUACAUUCCGGGACCUCUGCCUUCUGAUCAGUGCUUUGGCUGAGAGAAGGAUAUCUGUUUACAGUGUUAUUGAUGGUGAAUCUUGCAACAGAGGAAGGCGCUGAGGAUGAGCUCUAAAAUGGUAAUUUUUAUUAAGGGAUAAAUUAUCUUUAAGAAUCACAUGUUGUCUCUCUUGGUUGGAAUUAAUGAAUCCCUGAAGAAACUAAUAGCAUUAUGGAGUGGGUGGCUGAUAACCUAUGAUUUCAAGAAUAUCUAGAAUUUGGACUUUAGUUUGAAUCUAUUAUUUUUGAAGAAAAAAGACUUGCUUUUUAACGCUCAUGAGAUUUAUAUACAUUU